UGCAUGGUUUGUUAUUUAGAUCUUAGUUCAAUUCUAAGUUAGAUUUAGAAUUGUGCUGUUCAGCAUAUGUUGGUCCAUCGGAUUUGAAUAAAGAUGCAUCGUAUGAUAUAUAGGAUUGGAUUUGAAUCAGAUGAGUUUGUGAGAAGUGCUGACUGAUAUGUAUGAUAACUGAUAAGUAUGACCAUAUGGAGAUGCCCAAUUGGUGCUUGUCAGAAUGGUUGACAGAGAUAUUGCAUCCUCGGUACGAGUGACAUAUGCAUAUUCUGACGUGGGAAAAUUGAAGAAUCACUUAAUUUUGUUUUAAAAAACAAGGUUAGAAGGCAAAAAGCCAAACGAUUUUACGUGGAAUGUGAUGAUCACUGGAUACACUAGGAAAGGAGAUUGUGAAGCUGCUAUUUUGUUGUUCUCGAAAUCAGUAAAGAGGGGUUGACUCCAGAUUUUGUUACUUGGAAUGCGAUGAUUUCGUGGUUGCCAAGGAUCUCCUGAAGCUUUAGCAUUAUUUCAGGGUAUGCUAGCUGCUGGAGUUAAGCCUCAUGAAGUUAGUUACCGGGCUUCUUCCAAUGUGGGGUAUUUUGGCUCUGUGCGGGAUUCAUGUUCUUAUUUACAGAGUGGAGCAUCUUUGGUAACUGUGGUUGUUGCUAGUGCGCUUAUAGGUAUGUGGUUUAAAUGUAGGAGCGCAAAGAUGCUUGAAAUGUUUUGAAUUUCCCUUGAACAGUGUUCCAUCAUGGAAUGCAGUGAUAGGAUGUUUCGGGAAGCAUGGCGGGAUGGAAUAUACAAUCCAACUUUUCAAGAGUAUGAAAGAGUGCUGUCAAAUUUCUCUUCUUUCUGCAUGUAGUCAUGGUGGUUUAGUCAGGAGAGGUUUGAAGAUCUUUUGAUUCAUGGAGGAGUCUUAGAUCGAGGAAAGAGCAUUAUUCUAGGAUUGCUUGUGUCAUUGAUCUUUAUGUCGUAUUUGGAUGAUGGAUGAGGUUUAGGUACAAUCAAACAUAUGUCAAUGGAAGUUACAGUUUCAAAUUUCUGGGGCUUCCUUCAGUGGUUGUUAAGAUGGCAAAGGAUAUAGUGGGGAUGGAGCUGAAGAAUCUGAGUUUUAUGGGUUUUUUCAGAUAUUUAUGCCGCGGAGGGAGAACGGGAAAAUGUUGAGUUUCAUAAGAUAUGGUUCCAGUUGGCUGUAGGAGAUGGAUACCAUGUAAAAUAGAACUAGGACUGUAAAGCAGCAAAUGCUUUUUAACCAGGUAUUUCAAGUGCAACUUUGCUGAAGUCACAGGUCCUUAAGCCAUGGUUCGAGGUAGAGGGAAAGGGAAGAAACUGACUGUGAGUGACCAUGAUGAUCCAGGAAGCGACGAGGAAGAGAAAAUCCCUGCGCAGAAGAGACGGGGAAGGCCACAAAAGUCGCUUAAAGAUGACAUUGACGAAGAAGUAGCUGAAAUAAUAGAAGAGGAGGAGGCCGAGGAUGAAAAAACUGGAAUUCCAAACUUAGAGAUAAAAAGUUCUACUGCAUUGGAGAACGGAAAGAAGAGGAAACGGAAUACGCGGUUGAAGAAAAAACAUGAUUCAGCAGAAGAGGAAAAUGGUAAUGGAACCAGAUCAAGCACUGAUGAGUCUACUCGAUCCAAUGGUUUUCGUCAUAAUAGGCAUAGGCGGAAAAACAAGCCUCGCCGUGCUGCAGAAGCUGGUGUUGAGUGCAAAUGAAAUGGAUUUUGUUCCCUUUAUGAUGACAGAUGCCUCCUUUUACCUUGUAAAUUCCGCUUAAAUUUCCUCGCAUUUUCUUUAUUGCUUCCUCAGUUUGGUGAUUUGUUAUAUUGACAUUUCUUGACAUUGUAGAGGGUCUUGAGAGUGGAAAGUUAAUUAUACCACGUGAGUUUUCAGCCUUAAUAAUACGUUUGUUGGUAAUUCAUA